CCACUCUUUGAUUUGUAGGUCUUAAUAUUUCUAAUAGAUUGAAAAGAAAAAAAAGGAAUUAGACAAAUGGAGAACAAAAACAAUGAAGACUUAAUGGACUAUUCAAUGACCGAAAUCUUCGAGAUUUCUGGCGAACCAGCCAUUGUAAUAAACGGCCUGCCCCCUCCAUUAUCAUCAUCAUCGAGUGAAACCAAUCUCAUUCAUUGUGCUGUUAGUGAUUCGAAACCGCAAAAUAUUCCUGGAUUUGGGGAAUGGAUGGAAGGAAGAGAAGUUCGAAAAUCGUUUGGCGAAGAAUUCUUCAAUGGCAAAGUAACUCAGUUUGAUGAGGAAGAGGGGUGGUAUAGGGUCGUGUACGAAGACGGUGACUUUGAAGAUUUAGAGUGGCAAGAAUUGAUGGAAGUGUUGGUGCCGUUAGAUGUUAACAUCCCUCUGAAAACACUCGCGAUGAAGAUUAUCAAGAAGAGACAGAAAUCGUCUGUUCAAAAGUCUGCAAAAAAUAAGGUCAGAAGUCGAAACGACGGUUCGUUUGAUGGUAAGGGCAAAGGGAAAGAAAGUGACGUUUCUUUAUGAGUAAGUCUGCCUUAUAUGUUCUUGAAAUAUCCGUUUCAUAUAUAGUUAGCACAUUACAAAUUACCGUUUUAACCUCAUACCGAACUCCACGAAUGGAGAUAUCGUUGUUAUCGUAUUGUAUUGCUAAUGGUUGUGUAGAUGCUACACUUUCACAAUACGUUCGAGUUAUUAAACACUUGGACUUGAUCA